AUGGCCGGACAGCUCCCCAUCAAGUUCCAGGAGCUGUUGAUGCUCAGCAACGUUGGCGUCGACAGCUCCGCCAUUGGCUUCAACUCAUGCACAUUAGAGUCCGACUCCUUCAUCUGCAUACGAGAAAAGAAGAACGAGGCUGCGCAACCAGAGGUCAUCAUUGUCGAUCUCAAGAACGGCAACAAUGUCACCCGGCGCCCCAUCAAAGCCGACAGUGCCAUCAUGCACUGGACGAGGCAGAUCAUUGCUCUGCGGGCACAGUCCAGAACGUUGCAGAUCUUCGAUCUUGAAGCCAAGCAAAAGCUCAAGUCCGCGACAAUGAACGAGGACGUCGUCUUCUGGAAGUGGAUCAGUGAUAAAGAACUAGGCCUCGUGACUGACACCGCCGUCUACCACUGGGACAUCUUCGAUACCACUCAGGCCGCACCUGUGGAAGUCUUCAAGCGUAACCAAAACAUGAAUGGCUGCCAAAUCAUCAACUACCGAAUUAAUAGUGAUGGUAAAUGGAUGGCGAUCGUGGGCAUCUCCCAGCAACAAGGCCGCGUUGUUGGCAGUCUGCAGCUAUACUCGAAAGAUCGCGGCAUCAGCCAGGCCAUUGAGGGUCAUGCUGCCACAUUCGGUACACUCAGACUGGAAGGCGCCCCUGCCGACACAAAGGUCUUUGCAUUUGCUGUCCGAACCGCUACUGGAGCCAAGCUACACAUCGUCGAGAUCGACCAUCCAGAAACGAAUCCCGUCUUCCAGAAGAAGGCCGUGGACAUCUACUUCCCGCCCGAGGCUACCAACGACUUUCCCGUCGCCAUGCAAGUUUCGCAGAAAUAUGGUCUCAUCUACAUGGUCACCAAGUACGGCUUCAUUCAUCUUUACGAUCUAGAGACUGGCUCCACCAUCUUCAUGAACCGUAUCUCUAGCGAGACCAUCUUCGCUACUGCCGCAGAUGUUGAGUCGACCGGUCUGCUCGGUAUCAACAGAAAGGGACAAGUGCUAUUUGUGUCGGUGGAUGAGAACAACAUGAUCAACUACCUUUUGCAGAACCCUGCCAACACUGAGAUGGCAAUCAAGAUGGCUUCGAGAGCUGGUCUCCCUGGAGCUGACCAGCUCUACGGAAGACAGUUCGAGCAGCUGAUGCAAAGCGGCGACUAUACCGGCGCCGCCAAGGUCGCCGCCAACUCCCCCAGGGGCUUCCUACGAACCAACGAAACCAUCAACAGAUUCAAGAGUCUGCCCCAGGAGCCUGGCAAGAUGUCAUACAUUCUCCAAUACUUUGGCAUGUUGCUCGAUAAGACGACCCCUCUCAACGAGACCGAGACUCUUGAGCUUGCGGUUCCUGUCCUCGCGCAGGGUCGAAAGCACCUCCUGGAAAAGUGGUUGAAGGAAGGCAAGCUCGACUACUCCGAAAAGCUUGGUGACCAAAUCCGAGGACACGAUACCAAUCUUGCAUUGGCCGUCUAUCUCAAGGCCAACGUGCCUCACAAGGUCGUCGCAGGUUUUGCUGAGACUGGCCAAUUUGACAAGAUCCUCCCUUACGUCCAGCAGACUGGAUACCAGCCAGAUUGGAUCAGUCUCUUGCGACACAUUGUGAGCCAGAACCCAGAAAAGGGAGCCGAGUUCGCCAGUGCUUUAGCCAACAGUGAGGGUGGAGCAUUGGUUGAUAUCGCUCGCGUUGUCGAUGUCUUCCAGUCCCAAGGCAUGAUUCAGCAAGCCACAGCCUUUUUACUGGACGCACUGAAGGAUAACAAGCCAGAGCAUGCCGAGCUCCAAACCCGACUUCUGGAGAUGAACCUCAUGAAUGCGCCCCAGGUUGCCGACGCUAUCUUGGGUAACCAAAUGUUCACACAUUUCGACAAGUCCCGAAUCGCGACGUUGUGCGAGCAAGCCGGUCUGUACCAAAAGGCAUUAGAGCUCUACGAGGACCCUGCCGCAAUCAAGCGUGUAAUUUGCGGCAUCGCCGGCACUCCAAACUUCAACCAGGAAUGGUUGGUCAACUACUUUGGUCAACUUUCCGUUGAGCAGUCCCUUGAGAACUUGGACGCCAUGAUGAAGAGCAACAUCCGACAAAAUCUCCAGUCCGUUGUCCAAAUUGCCACCAAGUACUCCGAUCUUCUUGGCCCCGUUCACCUGAUCGACUUGUUCGAGAAGUACAAGACCUUUGAGGGUCUCUUCUACUACCUUGGCAGCGUUGUCAACAUGUCUGAGGAUCCUGAUGUGCAUUUCAAGUACAUCGAGGCUGCCACCAAGAUGGGCCAGUUCAACGAGGUGCAAAGAAUCUGCCGCGAUAGCCAACAUUACAAUCCUGAGAAGGUCAAGAACUUCCUUAAGGAGGCCCGUCUCUCUGAACAAUUGCCUUUGAUCACUGUCUGCGAUCGAUUCGAUAUGGUCCAUGAUCUGAUCCUCUUCUUGUACCAACAACAACAAUUUGAGUCGAUUGAGAAGUAUGUUCAGGGUAUUAACCCUGGCAGAACUCCUCAGGUUGUUGGUGGUCUGUUGGACGUUGACUGUGAUGAAUCUCAAAUCAAGAGCCUGCUCGCAUCUGUCAACCCUGCGUCCAUCCCUAUCGAUGCUCUCGUACAUGAGGUCGAAACAAGAAACCGCCUCAAGCUGUUGCUCCCCUUCCUCGAAGCUACCUUGGCAGCGGGCAACCAGCAGCAGGCAGUAUACAAUGCCUUGGCCAAGAUUUACAUCGACUCGAACAAUAAUCCUGAAAAGUUCCUCAAGGAGAACGAUCAAUACGACACCCUCAGCGUGGGCAAGUACUGCGAAAAGCGUGACCCUAACUUGGCAUUCAUUGCCUACCAAAAGGGACAGAACGAUCUGGAGCUGAUCAACAUUACCAAUGAGAACUCAAUGUACCGUGCCCAAGCCCGUUACCUUUUAGAGCGCUCGGACCGUGAGCUCUGGACGUUCGUCCUGAGUGAGAACAAUAUUCAUCGCCGGUCCGUUAUUGAUCAAGUUGUUGCUACAGCAGUGCCCGAGUGCAGCGACCCUGCCAAGGUGUCUGAGGCAGUUGCUGCUUUCCUGGCAGCAGAUUUGCCCGGUGAGCUCAUCGAGCUUCUAGAGAAGAUUGUCCUCGAGCCUUCGCCUUUCAACGACAACGCCAGUCUGCAAAACCUGCUUAUCCUCACUGCAGCACGUGCCGACAAGAGCAAGGUGGCCGAUUAUAUUCAGCGAUUAGACGCUUAUGACCCCGACGAGUGUGCUCAACUGUGUAUCAAUGUUGGUCUUCACGAGGAGGCAUUUGACAUCUUCAAGAAGGCAGGUAACCAGACUGCUGCCGUCGCCGUUUUGGUUGAGCAUGUCGUCAGUAUCGACCGUGCUAGCGCUUUCGCUGACGAAGUCGAUUCGCCGGAAGUCUGGAGCAAGGUUGCGAAGGCACAGCUGGAUGGGCUUCGCGUUACGGAUGCGAUCGAGUCGUACAUCAAGGCUGCUGAUCCUCGCAACUACGAGGAAGUCAUUGAGGUCGGUACCCAGGCGGGCAAGGACGAAGACCUCAUCAAGUUCCUGCGCAUGGCUCGCAAGACUCUUCGCGAGCCACCCAUCGACACAGCUCUUGCCUUCUGCUUCGCCCGAACCGACCAGCUUGGCGAGCUCGAGGACUUCUUGCGUGGCACCAAUGUCGCUAACAUUGAGGAGUCUGGUGACAAGGCUGCCAACGAGGGCCACUACCAAGCUGCCAAGAUCUUCUACUCUAGCAUCUCCAACUGGGCCAAGCUUGCCACUACACUCGUACAUUUGGAUGACUACCAAGCUGCUGUGGAGUCGGCCCGCAAAGCCAACAACAUCCGGGUAUGGCGCGAAGUACACGGUGCUUGCGUGAGCAAGAAGGAGUUCCGUCUUGCGAAGAUCUGCGGUCUCAAUCUUAUCGUUGAUGCCGAGCAACUGCAAGCCCUCGUUAAGCAGUACGAGUCUGAGGGCUACUUUGAUGAGCUCAUUGAACUUCUCGAGUCUGGACUCGGCCUAGAGCGUGCACACAUGGGAAUGUUCACAGAGCUCGGUAUUGCUCUGUCGAAGUAUCACCCCGAGAGGCUCAUGGAGCACAUCAAGCUCUUCUGGAGCAGGAUGAACCUGCCCAAGCUCAUUAAGGCUUGCGAAGAGGCUAACCUCUGGCCUGAGCUUGUGUUCUGCUACUACCACUACGACGAAUUUGACAACGCUGCUCUGGCUGUGAUGGAGCGCGCCGAGAACUCUUGGGAGCACCAACAGUUCAAGGACAUCGUUGUCAAGGUUGCCAACCUGGAGAUUUACUACCGAGCUAUCAACUUCUACCUGGAGCAGCACCCUUCGCUGUUGACAGAUCUCUUGCAAGCCUUGACUGCUCGUAUCGAUGUCAACAGAGUCGUGAAGAUGUUCCAGAAAUCUGACAACCUGCCUCUGAUCAAGCCAUUUUUGUUGAAUGUGCAGCACCAGAACAAGCGCACGGUCAACGACGCCAUCAACGACCUUCUCAUUGAAGAGGAAGACUACAAGACUCUUCGUGACUCGGUAGAGAACUACGACAACUACGACGCUACAGACCUCGCCAGCCGCCUCGAGAAGCAUGACCUCGUUUUCUUCCGACAAAUUGCAGCUAACAUCUACCGCAAGACGAAGAGAUGGGAGAAGUCCAUUGCCCUAUCGAAGCAAGACAAGCUGUACAAGGACGCUAUUGAGACCUCGGCCAUUUCCGGCAAGUCGGAGGUUGUCGAGGAGCUGCUACGCUACUUCGUCGACAUUGGCAGUAAGGAAUGUUAUGUCGGUAUGCUGUAUGCAUGCUACGAUCUCAUUCGACCAGAUAUCAUUCUGGAACUGUCUUGGCGCCAUGGACUGCACGACUUCACCAUGCCGUACAUGAUCAAUAUGCUCUCGCAGACCACCAAGGAACUUGCCCUCCUGAAGGCUGACAACGAAGAGCGCAAGGCCAAGGAGAAGUCGCAGGAGAAGGACGAGGAGCAGACGCCAAUCUUGGGUGGCAACCGCCUCAUGAUUACAGCCGGACCAGCCGGUGCUGCCGGAAGGGCCUCGCCGGCUCCUUUCGGUCAGACCAACGGUUUUGCACCGCAGCCUACCGGCUUCGGCUUCUAG